UCUAAAAUACGAUUUGCACAACGGUCCGACAUCAAAGAUGGCGGGAGCCUCCGACCCACUGGAGGACAUGCUCUUCAAUGAGGUGGACGAGAAAGCCGUCAGCGACCUCGUCGGUUCUCUGGAGUCUCAACUGGGCGACAGAAAGAUUCCCGCCGCCUCGUUUCCCGGCGGGAGUCGGGAGGCAGCUCCGCCCGCCGCGGGCCACUUCUCAGGGAAAGAGCGUGAUCCAGCGGGGUCCGCGGAGCCGCAACAAGGGCAUCAGAAAGCGGGUCUAACCCAAGAACCCCGCGCCAACGAGCCCCUGUCUGCUCCCAGCCUCUCCUCGUCCUCCGGGGCCGUCAUCGCCGUUGGAGCGGCUCCUCUCUCGGCUUCACCCGCACUGGGACCCGUAACUUUGAGCUCUCAGCCCUCUGCUGCUAGCUUCCACCGGGCGACUGUCCUGGGUCCGAGUGUGGUACCCGGCUCGUCUAACGAGGUUUCCAGGAGCGACUCUCCCGCCCCGCUGACGUUAAACGGCGGGACUGUGAAGUUGGUGCACUCUCUCUCCGGGUCCAGUUCAGUCAUCAGCUCCGUCAGCUCCACCUUACCGGUACUUCAGCCCUCAGUGGCGCCCUCGCAGAGACACCCGAGCCCGGUGACCAGCGGUGCGCAGAACGGGGUCGAGCCCAAAGGCGCCCCGACCCCGGCAGCCUCCAGCCCACAGGUCCAGAACCACAACAGUCCUCUGAUCCACACCAAGACCCUGGUGCCCAGUCCGCCCGUCGUCCUGGCCUCCAGCACGCCCCCUCCCGCCACAGCCCCAUGUCCGGUCAGCCACACUCAGACCGGGACCGGUUCAGAGAAGCCCGCAGUCAACGGAAUGGCUCAGCCCGCGGUGACCAUAGUGAGGCCACAGGGCGCUGCGGUGGUGGCCCCCGGCCUCCACCAGCAGAGGCCCGGACUGGUGGCCAGCGCCACCCGGGUGUCCGCCCCGCAGCUGCCGCUGUCUGUGCGGCCUCCGCUGCAGCAGACCACGACCACGACCAUCCAGCUGCCGCCUGGGUUCACCAUACCUGCAGGUAUGGUUCUGGUGCGGACAGAGACCGGGCAGCUGGUCAUGGUUCCUCAGCAGGUUCUGGCUCAAGCUCAGGCCAAGCAGGCACAGACGGCCACCAACAUCGGCCCGAGACCGGCAGUGCCGACGGCUGCCACCACCAUCCGGGUCAGCACCGCCCCCACCGCCAUGGCUCCUGGUUCACCUCAGACUGUCCGCCUGGCCACACCCACUCCCACCAGAAUGGUUCAGUCCACCACUGCUGUACAGAAGGCCAUCACAGCACCCCCUGCUGGUGCAGCCAUGUCAGUGAAGAUGACCACGCCUCAGAAGGCGCUGACGGUGAUCACGGCUGGGGGGGCGGGGCCGCCUGUGGCCAAACCUGCCGGUGUUGCGUCCACGUCCCUGACCAGCACCACGGCCGCACCCCCGGCCACGCCCCCGGCCAGAGUCACCGUGGUUUCCCAGGAAAUGCAAGAGAACGUGAAGAAAUGCAAGAACUUCCUCGCCACACUCAUCAAGCUAGCAUCGCAUAACUCGCCGUCCCCAGAAACGUCCAAGAAUGUGAAGGCGCUGGUUCAGGACCUGCUGGACGCCAAGAUUGAGCCGGAGGAGUUCACCACCCGACUGCAGGCGGAGCUUAAGUCCUCGCCUCAGCCCUACCUCAUCCCCUUCCUCAAGAAAAGCCUCCCGUCCCUGCGUCAGUCUCUGCUCAGCAGUCAACAGUCUCUGGUUACGGCCCCGCCCAGCACCUCAGCUCCGCCCCCGACCGCUCCCGGCUCCGUCACGACCGCCACCAUCAGACCGCGGCUACCCAUCAGUCCGGCCGGCGGUGCCACCGUUAGGCUGAACACGCCCCUCACAAGCACAGCUGCUCUGGCCGCGGGUAGACCCGGGGUCCACACAGUCCAGACCCGCUCACCUGUGGUCAUCAGUCACACCCUCAGAAGUCCAGCUUCUCUCGUGAGAGGAACCGUGGCAACUGUCGCCGGCAGAGGUCUCGUCAACCAGGCGUCUGCAGCCAAUCAGAAGAAGCUGAGUGAUCCUGGGGGCGGGACUUUCAGAGACGACGAUGACAUUAAUGACGUGGCGUCCAUGGCUGGGGUCAACCUUAACGAGGAAAAUGCCCGUAUCCUAGCAACCAGCUCAGAGUUGGUGGGCACGAAGAUCCGCUCGUGUAAGGACGAGUCCUUCCUGCCCGCUGGCGUCCUGCACCGCCGCGUCCUGGACACAGCGAGGAAACUGGGCGUGACCGAGGUGUCGCUGGAGGUGGUCAACUUCAUUUCCCACGCAACUCAGUCCAGACUGCGCUCGCUGCUGGAGAAGGUUUCAGCCGUCGCACAGCAUCGCACAGACGGCGGCAAGGAUGAAGAUCAGUGUGAGCAGACGUCAGACGUUCGUUCGCAGCUGCGUUUCUUCGAGCAGUUGGAGAGGAUGGAGAAACAGAGGAAGGACGAGCAGGAGAGAGAGAUUCUGCUGAAGGCGGCCAAGAGUCGAGCUCGACAGGAAGAUCCUGAACAGGCUCGUCUGAAGCAGAAGGCCAAAGAGAUGCAGCAGCAGGAAUUGGCACAGAUGCGACAACGAGACGCUAACCUCACGGCGCUCGCCGCCAUCGGGCCUCGCAAAAAACGCAAGCUGGACUCAGUGGGAGGAGCCACAGCAGGUGCAGAGGCGGCCUCUGGCUCUGCAGCGUCGUCGUCUCGUCAGCAGCUGCGUCAGAGGAUCACACGCGUUAAUCUCAGGGAUUUCAUCUUGUGUCUGGAGCAGGAACGCAGCACGUCGCGCUCGAUGCUGCUCUACAAGGCUCUGCUGAAGUGAGGGGGCGGGGCCACAGCACAGCGCUUCACCUGAUGCCACGCCCUCGUUCCUGUCGUCUCUCCACUCGUCCACGUCACGUUUAGCUUUAGCGCGGCGCUUCACUAUGGUAACGACGGGGUCACGUGACCAAACGUAACCAUGCCGCGGCUGUUUGACGAACUGUCAGCGAACGCAGCGUUCACGUCCAUGUGAGUGGGUCGUUCAUCAUUACCCACAGUGCACCUGCACCACUGAAGGGCGGGGCUAACACAGGUCUGGGGUCACAUUCUUCGUGACUCUGGUGAUGUCACAUGACUUUUUUUUUAUUGAGACAAAUAGUCGUGGAAGACGAGGAGGCGGAGCUUAUUGAAGGUUUUUGAUCACGCUUGGAUGUUGUCAUAGCAACUGGCUGCUGAUUGGAUGAAAUGUGCUACAACAGCUAUGCUAAUGUCUGCUAGCAAACACUUAUCACACCUAGACACGCCCACUGUUGCAAGGCCUUCCUGUGAUUGGUCCAAACCCAGAGUGUGUUUGUGUGUUACAAACAGGUUAAAGGAGCAGUUCCACAUUUUAGUUCCAUAUGACCUCUGACCCUUCGUUCAGCGUGAGGUCACAUGACCAGCGACAGCAUACAUUAAAAUGACUGAUCAGUACUUUAAUCAGUUUCAGAUGAUGUUCUUAGCAUUCAUGCUAAGCUAACUGCCUUUAUGUUGUGCUAGGCUAGCUGUUAGCAUCAGAUCAUGUCAAUGUGAAAGGAGCUGGUUCUCCUCAUGCCCCGCCCCCUCCCUGCUGACAACUCAUUUUAACCAUAUGGUCACAUGAUCAGUUUUACAGAGUGAACAUGUCACGCCGAGUACUCCUGAUGCAUCAUGGGUAAUUUACCAGUCAGAGCUCAGGUGGUGUGUGUCUGAGUGUGUGUGUGUGUGGUUUGUCUUCUGGUCUCUCAUUGGCUGUUGAGCUGACACUGAGUCCAGGACACAGCGCCCUCUGGUGGACUAUUUAUAUUUCCUACACUCUGACUCACUUCAGGUGAUUUUACAGACGUUUGUACCUUUGAAAUAAAAACAUGAAAUUAA